AUGGCUGGAAAUGGUCCGGAGCAAGCAUGCUGUGCGUGCGGUGGUGGUGUGAAGCUCUUGGCAUCAGUGGUGUCCCACCUCGAUGGUCGACUUCAAGCGCCCCAGGACGGCUUCGAUGAAGGCGGCAUGGCUCCGGCAGACAGGCUGCCUGAGGAGUUUAUGGAUUCCGAUCCAGUCACUGCACCUUUGGAUCAGAUUCCGGCCAAGUUUGCUCAUUAUCUCACAUCUGUGGACAAGAAGAGGCAACAACCAGAUGUCAUGGGCCUCUCCGCACGCUUCUACAGCGUAAAGCCCACAGAUGACUGCAAUGGUCCUGCGCCAAUGUCUUCAACCAUUGAUCGUGCGUUGGAUUAUCGCUUUGGUUUUACUGGUGGCUUCCAGCGCUUUCUUCAAUUACAUGCCAAGCAUGCGGACUCUGGCAGCUUUUUCUACGGCAAAUGGACUGGAACCAUCAAUAUUUUGGAGAAGGGGAAGUAUGUCUUCGAUUUGGACCUUGGAUUUGACACCAGCAGCUCCAUCAAGAUUGAUGGCCAGGAGUUGCUGACCCAUGGACAGUGCAAGGCAUCAAAGGUGCCGCCGGGAGUGCUCCGGCUCCAGCACCGGCCGUGGCCGUCGCGGCCGCGGCCGCGCCUGCCUUGGAAUGGCCGCGGCUGGUGCCAGAGAGACAGUCAGAUGUCAUGA